UGCGUGGUGGCCAUGGAGAACAACAUGACCUGCGCGCUGCUGAACCCCGACGACAAGAACGCCCCGCCCAAGUCGUUCACCUUCGAUGGCGCAUACUUCACCGACAGCACCACCGAGGGCAUCUACGGGGACGUGGCCUUCCCGCUCGUCGAGAGCGUUCUGGAGGGCUACAAUGGCACCGUCUUCGCCUACGGACAGACGGGCUGCGGCAAGUCCUUCACGAUGCAGGGCGUGCACGACCCCCCUACCCAACGGGGCAUUAUACCCAGAGCGUUCGAACACAUCUUCGAGGUGAUCCAGACGACAGAAAACAUGAAAUUCCUCGUCUUGGCGUCUUAUCUCGAGAUCUACAACGAGGAGAUACGGGACCUCCUCGGAGCGGACGCCAAGAAGAAGCUCGACCUCAAGGAGCACCCGGAUAAGGGGGUCUACGUUCAGGGCCUGUCCCAGCACCCCGUCCACAACACGGGCGAGUGCGAAGAGCUGAUGGACCGCGGCUGGAAGAACCGCUCCGUCGGCGCCACCCUCAUGAACGCCGACUCCUCUCGCUCGCACUCCAUCUUCACCAUCACGUUGGAGAUGAUGGACACCACCGGGGAAACGGACGCCAUCCGCAGCGGCAAGCUCAACCUGGUGGAUCUGGCGGGGUCCGAGAGGCAGGCCAAGACAGGAGCCACGGGGGACCGCCUGAAGGAGGCGACGAAGAUCAACCUGUCCCUCAGCGCCCUCGGGAACGUGAUCUCGGCGCUGGUGGACGGCAAGAGCAAGCACAUUCCUUACAGGGACUCCAAGCUCACGCGGUUACUCCAGGACUCCCUCGGCGGCAACACCAAGACCCUGAUGGUGGCCUGCCUGAGCCCCGCCGACAACAACUACGACGAGACCCUGAGCACGCUACGCUACGCCAACCGGGCCAAGAAUAUCAAGAACAAGCCCAAGAUUAACGAGGACCCGAAGGACGCCAUGCUGCGCGAGUACCAGGAGGAGAUUCAGAAGUUGAAGUCGCUUCUGGAGCAGCAGGGCGUCCAGGAGACGACCGAGUCGUGGGCUACGAAAGUCCAGCCUGAAGCCGUGGUCUCCGUGGUGGCCCCGGACGAGAGCGCCCUGGAGGAGGAGCGGGAGAAGGUCCGCCGCGAGUACGAGCAGAAGAUGAUCAAGAUGAAGGAGGAGAUGGAGGCGGAGCAGGCCAACAACGCCCUCCUGCAGGCCAACAUGACCAACCUCAAGAAGCAGUACGAGGAGGAGGUCAAGAUGGUCAACGAGAAGGCCAAGGUGGCGGCGAUGGAGGCGCAGCAGAAGGAGGAGGCCCUCAAGCAGCAGCAGCUCCUCCUGCAGCAGACGCAGAGCCAGGCCGCCCCCCAGCAGGCACCGGGGUCCGUUCCUCAGCAGCAGUUCCCGCCGGAGGUCACGGACGGGGACCCGGAGGACACCAUCUUCCUCCAGGAGGCGCCGGGGCAGAAGGGGCCGCUGAAGGGGAAGGCUGUCGUGGCGGCGAAGGCCACGGCGCAGGACAAAGCUCCUGAGAUGAUGAAUUCCAUGCAGAAGGAAGCCCUGCAUAGACUGAAACAACUGGAACAGCAGAUGGUGGGCGGCGAGAAGAGCCAGGACAAGGAGCUGAAAGUGAAGCGGAAACAGAGGAAGAAAUACCACGAGAAAAGACUCAAGAUCCUCAGCGAAGCUCUCAAGACGGUCGACGAUCAAGACGGGAUCAUGAUCAAGGUCUAUGACGACAUUCACGAGGAGCUGAAGGCCAAGACGGAGCUGGCCAAGACGCAGAAGCUGAAGAUCAAGUCGAUGGAACAGGAGAUCCAGGACCUGACCUCGGAAUUCCAGGAGGAGAGGACGGACUACCUGGAGACCAUCCGCCGGCAGGAGCAGCAGAUCAAGCUCCUACAGGGGAUUAUCGACAAGGUACAACCCACGAUCCGACGAGACUGCAACUACAGCAACGUGGAACAGAUCAAGAAGGAAGCGGUGUGGGAGGACGAGUACCAACGGUGGAAGCUGCCCGACCUGGUCAUCGUGAAGACCAAGCUCCCUCCGCCAGGACCCACCGGCACGCUGACUCAGUCUGACACUGUCAACAACCAGUACAACAACAACACCGACUUGAGCAACAGCUACAACAACAACAACAGCGACAGCAAGUCGGUGCGCAUCCAGCCGGGGGGGCGGUUCCCCUCGCAGACGGCGCCCGCCAGGCUCGGCAUGUGGGACGACGACCACGACGAAGACAAAUUCCUCAAGAAGCUGCAGAAGGGGGAGGAGGAGGACAUCGCCGGCACUUAUUUCAAGCCGAAGCGAGCUAAUGAAUUGCUCGUGAGGUUUCAGGACGAUGCGAAUACCCUAGCCAAGCCCCUGAGCAAGAAGAACAGCUCGAGCAACAACGCGCUCAACGUGAGCAUGAGCCAGAGCAUGUGGGGCAACACGCUCAACCUCAACUCGUCCUUCAACAACUCCAGCAACUCGUACAACUCGUCGUGGGGCUCCAACUCCUCCUCCUCGAGCGUGGGGGGGACGGGGUAGGGGGGUCAUGAGCAACGGAUGGCUAGGAGGCGGUUUCUCGUCGAUCUCGCCCGAAAUGUCCCUCCGACGUCCCACUCGACUCGAGGCGCUGCCGACCAUGGACUCGAGGAGGACGCGGAAGAAGAGCAAGGACGUGCUGCACACGCUCGACCUCAUCU